GAUACCUCGAUGGGGGCCUCGGUUCGCAGGUGUCGCGCGCGUCUCCAAGCCGAGGCUUCAGUUUCCAAAGGGAGGGAUCGGCCUUCCCCGAAGUUUUCAGCAUAGACAGUGAGAGCAGGACAUAAACCCACCACCAUGCUGCCUACCAACGUGAUGUCAUUUAUGAAAAAGAUGGUGGCUACGAACGAGGGGGCGGCGGGACCGGGAGCGGACAUGGAGACGGGGACUGUGCUGAGCAAAGUGCGCCAGACCUUGUCAUCCGGUCUUAUGAACGCCCAACAUCAAGUGACGAGGAACCUCGCCCCCACGUCCCGCCAACCCGAGGCCUCCACCCCUCCAGACACGGCUACCCCCGCCAAACCCGAAGACAGCCCUUCUGGCAAACAAGCUAAGCCAGAAGUGACGAACCGAGUGGGUGCUUGUCGUGUUUGUCUCAAGGGCUUCAAGGAUGGAGACUUCUCUAGGAGCUGCGCUGAAUGUCACCACUAG